CGGUUCCAUCAUCUUGAUUUGAGCUUGGGGCUGCAUUUCAGCAGCUCACUAAUGUAUCGACUGAGCUAAGGCUGGUGGCCCAGGUGAGUCCAUAAGAACAAAGUCUAGAAGCGCAUCAUGGCAAGGGGAGUGGGCAACAUGUCUUCACUGGUCUUCUUCACAGUGAGCAUGCUACUGCUCGCUGUUGCAUUUGUGGAUGUUAGUGCAUCUGGCAGCGGCUUUGUUGUUGUGAAACCACAUGGCUGCACGCACGACAAUGAGUGUUCCUAUGGCCAGAAAUGUUGUAAUGGAGACUGCAAGACGUGUGCUUGUUGCACCGACGCCCACUGCGGCUAUGGAAAAAAGUGCUGCAAUGGUGCCUGCUCCAGUGUCACGUGCUGCUCUGACAGCCACUGCGGCUAUGGAAAGAAGUGCUGCGGCGGCCAGUGCAAGGAGUGCUGCAGCGACAGCAACUGUGGCUAUGGAAAGAAGUGUUGCGAUGGUGCCUGCUCCACUGCCGCGUGCUGCUCUGACAGCCACUGUGGCUAUGGAAAGAAGUGCUGCGGCGGCCAGUGCAAGGACCACUGUGGCUAUGGAAAGAAGUGCUGCGGCGGCCAGUGCAAGGAGUGCUGCAGCGACAGUCAGUGUGGCUAUGGAAAGAAGUGCUGCGGAGGGGUCUGCACUAGUGGUCAGUGCUGCUCUGACAGUCACUGCAGUUACGGACAGAAGUGCUGCAGUGGCCAGUGCAAGGAGUGCUGCUCUAGCAGCCAAUGUGGCUAUGGAAAGAAGUGUUGUGGAGGCUCAUGCAAGAAGGUGGAGUGCUGCGCUAACAGCGACUGUUCAUAUGGCAAAAAGUGCAUCGAUAACUGCUGUAAGUAAGACGGCCACGGGCCACUACAAGACAAGAAUUUCAAAGCCAUAUCUAGGGGCUAGUUUGAUAUUUUGCAAGGGAUGUAAUGCAACGGAAGUUGAACUGCAAGACCGGCAACUAUAGCACGCAAUAGCAGGAGGGCAUCUAUAGACUAUAGGUGGAUUGGCAUCUGUAGCGGACAAUAAUAGCAGGAAUGACAACCAUAGCACGCAAUAGCAGGAGGGCAUCUAUAGCAGGAGAGCAUCCAAGGCUGGACGACAUCUAUAGCAGGGCUGAGGUUGUAACUGGAGAAGCCUCAUGCAUCAAGCCAAAGACGUGCUGAAUCGCUUUAUGUUACUUAUGUAACUGGAGAAGCCUCAUGCAUCAAUUCAGUUUCCCCGCCUGUGCAUGGCGGUUUGUGGAGGGUGGUCUUCGGACCUCGCCACAAAACAGCUUUCUGGAGAGUGCAGGGCUUCAGGAGUCGACAUGGGGGAGACAAUUUUUUUUAACGUUUCUGUAGAAGAAAUCUCUUGGCGAGUACGUUUAACCAGGCCUCGAGUUCGACACGAUUCUCAUAUUUUUCACUCUCCCCGGAUCCGCCACGAAAUGUGACGGAUGGUGAGUAGUGCAACUAGGCCCACAGCUAAGGGCCUCUUUCCACACCACUUGAACUCAAGGGUUGAAGGAAAACUCUUUUUUUUUUUCUUUUUUCUUUUUUGAAAGCUUGUACUUGCAUUAUAAAUCAAAAGAACCAGGCCGG